GAAAAGUUUUACUUCGUAGAUUACGCAGGCCUCGACGGCUGUUGGUGUACAACUGAAUGCGUAUAACAAACAAGAAAAGACAUUUUGUGUAAAAAAUGAGAAAAAUUGGAGCUUUCUAAUGAGAAGGACACAUCCUAUUCUAUGCUAAUAGACCACAAUGAGUACAAGGUCGCGACGUGCUCAGACAGGAGGUACUCUGGCUGCACCUUCUUCUCGACCUACAGUGAAGACAAGACGUCGUGGGGCAUCAUCCUCCAUUGAUGACAUAGAGAAGGAAAGUAGUGCCGGGAAACAGGAAGUUCUAGAGAGAGCAGAAGACAGCCCGGUACCGUCUGCUGCUAAACGUCUGAAAACUGAACCAGAGGUUCCAAAACAGCCACCACUGAAACACGGCAAACUAACGAGGCAGGAUGGGACUGACACUCCUGAGAAAGACCUUGAUGAUUUGACCCCCAAGUCAACGCCAUCAAGCAGUCGUCCAGCAUCAAGCUUGAGUCUGAGUACGACACAGUCCAGUUCAGCGACGCCGACACCGCCGCCCCCUCUGCCAACGAACAUGCACAGAGCUAUGUCACUAGACAGUGUCGAACAAGCACCAGAUACAGUGCUAAUGAAAUCACCAAACGACGAUGAUGUCAUGAGAAACAUUGCCAAACCGCCCAAAAAGCGAAAAGCUCCCGAUGAAAUUGAAACAGAUACGUCUAGUUUGUAUCCCCCAAAUAAACCGCUGAUUGACCUUCAGCAGUGGACAAAUCAACGUGUGCUAGCCAGGAAAGAUUUGAUAUUUCAAUCAGGAAUUAUUAAGAACAUAUUUCAUAACCAGCGUGUUGGGAUUCAGUUUGAGGGUGACAAAGAAUUGACGCAUUUUUCUGUGUUUGACACAAAGUUGUGUAACAUUGUCGGAGAUAAUCCUCCGCCAGCAGUCAUGAUCUCAGUUGGUUGUCGUGUUUGUGUCCGAGCAAAUCAAGAACAACAUGUUUUCUAUGAAGGUCAAGUUGUGGAGAAGAAAGUUCAACAACCGGUAUUAUAUAGAGUGCGUUUGAUCCACAACUCCCAUGCGGCCAUGUUUGGUCAGGAGAUUUGGAUGCCUCGUGCAAACAUCAGACUCCUACAGCCACCCUGGCAUGAUGACCUUGAAGAGGGAUUUCCGGAGCAGCCAACUCCGCCCCCUAUCACACCUACAGCUACACAACCUACAUAUCAGUAUCAGAUAAUUCCCCAGCCAAUGGCACAUCCACAUCAGCCCCCACAUCUUACCCAGCCACAUACUCCCAUGAUGCCACACCAACCACCGUUACCAGGGCAACCAGCUCAUCAUGCCCACUUCAUGGAUCAUUCUCCACGAUAUGUCGAACAUUCCCCUUCAAUUGCCCAAAGUGCUAGUUUUGAGAGAGAGUCCUCAGAUGACGAGAUGAGGAGUGAGGAGGUGUAUUUCGAUUCAUCGGGACUGAGUACACCAAGGUCAGGUAGCGCCACACCAGGGUCAAGGUGUAGCCAUAGUCUGAGUGAUGGAAAGAACCGACAUCCGCUUAAAAAGCGAGAUAUGUCAAGAAGCCGAAGUGCCCAGUCAUGUGAGAGCAGUCGGUCUAGUACGCCUCGUUCUCCUACAACAAACCAGAAAUACAAAAAGGGGGAUGUUGUUUCUACUCCUAAUGGCAUACGUAAGAAGUUUAACGGUAAGCAGUGGAGAAGGUUGUGUUCCAAAGAUGGUUGUACAAAAGAAUCUCAACGUAGAGGGUACUGCUCAAGACAUCUCUCUUCUUCUGGUAAAGUAAUUAGGUCAGCUCCAACAAUACCUGGAAUGAGAAAAGGCGACAUGAAGGAUGGACAUAUUGAAUGGGCAGAUGCACACAGUUCCCGAGACACUGAUUACGACCCAAGUACCCAUGGUAUGGAUGAAACAGAAGCAGCCAACAUGUUGGUGUCGCUUGGCAACUCUAGGUCAACAACACCAGCAUUUUCCCCUACGCCAUCUUCUGUGAGCAGUCUGUCACCACGGAAACGUCAUCCUUCUUCGCCUCAAAGUGGAGCAGGUCUAAGAGGGAUGUCGGCAGCAUUUACCCCAAUUUCACCCCACCCACAAAAUCCUAAUCACAGUUAUAUGCCUUCGCCAACUCGCAGCUGGAGUUCUGGAAACUCAAACAAAUCAGGGAGCUCAUCGUCAGAGCAUAUUUCACCUAUAACACCAAGAUUUCCACAAGGAGGUACAAACUCAGCUUUUCAACAUCCAUCCAUGAUCGAGCGAGGUCGUGCUCCAAGUCUUGGGCUACUUAACAAAGAACACAUGAAAAGUAACGACUCCGGAAUAGAUAUCAACACUCCGAAAACAUUUAAAACAGUGCCAUCUUCACCUUCUCCGCAAGGUCAUUUCCCGAACAAUUCACAAAGCUUGUAUGCUUCUACAAUACAGCAACACUUGGCUGCACAGUCACAUCAAAUGAGGACUGGUAGUCUGUCAUCAAAUAUUGACGGUCCUCAACCUAUGGAGAUCAAACCUCGAUCCAGUACGCAAAGUUUGUCAGACUUGAGGCCUAGGGAAACAAUUACAAUUAAUGCACAAUUGAUACCAGUGGCUCUAAUGCCUCAGAAUGGAAUGAAAGAAGCAGCGCCACCUAGUGGUGGUUCGGAAAUGGGGUAUCCCACACAUCAGCAGAGAGCCAGAGAGGAAGCAAAGCAGCCGACAGCGGCCACCACACUGUUACCUGUGAUGACAGACCUCAAUGAACACAAACAGGAAGUUUCUGCUCAAGAAGCCGAAAUUCCAAAAGAGCCAAAACAACUUCGGGUUUAUCAGUGGCACUCACUGGUUCCCUAUUUCACAAACACGAAGCCAGUGGACAAUGCCAAACCAGCCAUGAUGCCUGUGGAGACAAAAGCUGCGAAGAAAGUGGUUACCUUACCACCCAAACGUCCCUUUGCCAUCCACCAGAGUAUCUCCGACAACAUUCCAAAAGAUGAUGACGAUGAUUUGCCCGAUGCAGAUUAUGACGACGACGAUGUUUUUGAUACGAAAGAUGAGCAAUCAGAAACAGCGAAAAAAAUAGUUCCAGCAAAACGAAGAUCUCAGUCACUAAGUGCUCUAAAAGACUCUGAAAGAAGUCCAAGAAAGGGUAAAGACAAAGACCAUAUACGAAGACCAAUGAAUGCCUUCAUGAUAUUCAGCAAACGUCAUCGACCGUUGGUGCACCAGAAACAUCCGAACCAGGAUAAUCGGACGGUAUCUAAGAUACUAGGAGAGUGGUGGUAUGCCCUCGGACCUAAAGAGAAACAGAAAUAUCACGAAUUGGCUCAUCAGGUUAAAGAAGCACAUUUUAAGGCCCAUCCAGAAUGGAAGUGGUGUUCAAGAGAUAGGAAAAGAUCGACUACCAUUGCAGCAACCUUGAAGCAACGAUCCAACAGUCAAAGGCUUGGCUCCACUGAUUUAAACGAAGGUAAAACGUCUCAACUCGGAAAAAAUGAAGUCGUAGAUGCCGGAGUUACCUUUGAUGAUGAUGCCUUUGAACCUGAACCAGAACCUAAAGCUGGUCUGACCCUGUUUGAGCUUCAGCGAGGGCGAUCUCAGAGCCUGUCGGCUUGUCUUCCGAGGGAGGACGAGUCCCAGGGGUUUAAUCAGUAUAAUCAGAAUGAGGAGACAAUGGAGAGACACAAUACUGAGAACAGGUAUUCUAACAGUAAUGUUGCUCAGGGUAUGGUUGCCAUGGAAAUAAAUCAACAGAAAAAGGAGGCUGAUAAUGAUAGCAGUGAUGAAGAAAAAAUGGUGAUUUGUGAAACUGAAAAGCCUAGAGAAAGUGGAGAUAAAGGCUCUGAGGCAGAUGGCAUAGACCUGAAUUGCCGUGAACAGGUUAGUGACAGCGAAACUGACAGUACACCUGAAGAUGACAUUAUUGAGAAUAAAGCGUUUCCACAGCAACGAUUUUCACCUGUAAUGAAACACAUUAACUCGUCCGAUAUAACAUAUCGUCCCAAACCUAUUAAACGUAUCCCAGAUUCAGGUAAACCUGGCCCAAAUAGUCCCGUGGGAGUUCCGCCAGGACAUCAAAGCUUUGAUAGGCAGAUUCCUAGGCCAUCCAGUAAUGGCUCAAACUUUCAACCUACAGGUGCCGUUUUUAAAGCAAAGGGGAAGCAAUCUCGAUACUUAUCUACAGGAAGUGUACAAGAUCUGAGAACGAGUCUAUAUGAUCACAUGCCCAAUCACAGAGGUGAGAGUGUAUCCUCUAUGCGUGGUUUAAAUCAACAACAGAUGAAAAUACAUAAUAUCACUAUGGCAACAGGAAGUGAACAAAAAAUAAUAAUGAGUUCAAAUAUGGAAACAACUCUUGGUAAUCAAAAUGGCAGAGGUGGUCCAAUUAUAGGAAAAUUUUCUCAGCGUGGACCAAUCAAACAACAGCAGCCGCAAAGGCAGACAACUCCAGUGUCGACAACCCAGUCAAUAUUGCAGCAGACGCUACAAACAGGUGCCCAGAACACGCGCCCUGUAACUACAACAGCUAUACAUAUUGUCCCUUCACCCCAACAGGCUUUGCUGAAUCAGCAGUAUGCCAACAAAAAUAGUGUGAUACCAACAUUUACUACAAUUGGAAAGCCAAUUUCGGCUUCAGUCCCAUCAGUUUCAUUGCAACAAAAUCCUGUGCAUGGAAGUUUUAAUACAUCUAUAGCCACUGCUAAUAUGCAGCCACAGACUAUUCUUCCAAACGCGUCUUCAGCAGGUCUGAAGAAUGUGGGCGGAACAAUAGUUCUUCAAGGAAUACCUGCAUCUCAAUAUGGCAUGAUAAUUGGAUCGCAAGCUUUGGCAUCGCCAACGGUUACCAAACCACCAACACUGUCUGUAGCUGGCUCGACGCAGUAUAUUGGAAAUUCCCUACAGAAUUACAUACCUCUGACAGCAGGACAAAAUCAAGGUCAGGCAACUCCUACACAGACAAUGGCGCCACCUACAGUCCUGACCAACUUUAUUAUUAAACCUGGUCAAGGUGGGCAAACUAUCCAGCCAGCGUUGAAUUCACCAUCACCAGGGCAGCCUUUAACACCAAAUUUCAAUCAACCAACACAUGUUCAAUAUAUUUUACCCUCCAUUCGGAUGCAGGCCCCUCAGCCUGGUGGUAAAGUUCAGAAUCAUGUCAUUCAGAUGGCAUUGCCUGGUACCCAUUUACCACAAGGCAGUAUUCAACUAACAUUUGCUGGGAACCAAAAUGGUACCCAAGCCCAGUCAAUGCAACAAGUUCAACAAGUGAAAGUGUCGCCACAGCAAGUUCAAACUGGAAAAAUCCAGAUAACACCCGGGUAUAAGGUUGUUCAGAGUCCUGUGAAGCAACAGCCAUCCCCAGCUGCCUCGCCUCAGCUGAACACAGCACCACAAACUAUACAGGUGAUAAGCCAGAAUGUUGGAAAUAAACAGCAGACUGUGACACAGUAUGUAGCUGUAAGCCAGUCUCCUGGUAUGCUAGCAUCACCACAACAAAUACAGAUACAGUCUGCACAGCAACCUGUUGUUUCCAGGCAACAACAAAAUCAACAGUUACAGAAUCAGUUGCAGCAUCAGUUACAGACUAUACAGCCAGUUCAAACAUUGAAUACACAGCCACUGAUCCAGCAAGCUCUUCAGCAACCGGUUCAGCAGCAGACCCUGCAACAGGCAUUACAGGCACCGGUACAGUAUCAGCAACCACAGUUGCAAGUUAACCCACAACAACAACAACAGCAGCAGCAGCAACGUGUGAUAUUGCCGUCAACACAAAAGUUACAAUUUAUGCAGCCUACCAGUAGUGUAGCUGCGCCACCUAUAGCGUCUCCAGGGGUCAAGGUCGUGUCAUCAGCAGCUUCACCAGCCUACAUACAGUAUGUCGGGUCAGUCCAAGGACAACAGGGUACGGUUCAGCAGGUUCUGAUACAACCCCAGAAUGUACAGAGACCUUCCUCCACCGGAAAUGUCUCCAUGGCGUCCUCUCAACCGUCUACUCAACCGAACAUUGCACCGAAACCUACUCCGGUACUGAGUAAAACUGGAACUCCACCGGAUAACCAGAGUCCAAUGUUUUACCAAGGUGUAAUGAAUCUGAAGAAUCAAAGUUAUAUCACCAUGGCAUCUGAAAUGAAAGGAGAAAUUGGAUAUAUAACUAGCCAAAACCUUCAACCUAAACCUCAGAAGGUGAAGGCCACGAUUGCUAAUAUACCCGUAGGUACAGAGAGUCUUCAGAAGUUCAACACUUUACCUGCACAGAAACAGUAUGGUAGUGCUUCAACACCUAAAGGUUUCCCAAUGUCUCCGAACUUAUCCUCUGCUCUCGCAUCGCCAGCAGGACUCUUAUCCCCUGCUAGGACCUCUCCGUCCCAGUAUGGGAGGGACCAGGUAUUGGAUCAUCGACCCCAGAGGCCCUCACCGCUUGUACUGUCACCGUCACCUGUCAGCAAACCGAUGGAGGUUUCAGAAGGUCAAAAAGGUCAAGAUGGACAAAAUCAGGAGGCCCAAGAAGUGGAUGCUAAUGGUAAACCUCAGAGGCCCGGCAAAGGAAAAAGAUAUAAAGAUUUUAUAGCAGAAAAUGGGAUAAAGCCUUUUAAAAAGGAUAGAAAGGUUUACAGCAGUAAGUCUGGUACCCAGGAAAAUCUCCCUGAGGAGAGGAACCAGCCAGUAUCACAGGACCAGACACCAACCACCUCAGUGACCCAGAUCACAGUGACUGGUCCAGAGGAGUCUGAUUCACAGAGCAGCUCUAUACAGAUGUUGUCUCCUCCACCAUCGGCGGGUGAAAAGGUAAAGAGAAAACCACCACCGUUACCGAGCCCGACUUCACUAAAUGUUCCCUCGCCAAUGCCUUCUCCGGGACUCACUAGCCCAAGGAAAACUAUAUUGAAGAAAAAUAUCGAAGAUGGCAUGGAUAAGGUAUUGGAGCGUGUGAAUUUUGAUCAGAGAUUUGAGCAACUACCGCAGUUUAACCCAGAGACAUCAGAAGUUGGUACCCCUCUACCACAGAGCCCGCGGGGAAUAAUUGUCAGCUACAAGAAACGGAGGAAAAUAUCUUCUUUAGCCAAGCCGGACAAUAAUGACAGUUCAGACCAUACCUCAGACACGCCCCAGACUCCCCACACCCCAUCAUUGCCCCAUACACCACUGGCCUCACUACCACAGACGCCUAAGACACCAAGAAGUGCCAGGUUUGAUGAUGGUCAGUUCUUCGGUAAAGAUUUCAGUCUGGACACUCUGGCCGAUGCUGCCAUAUCGAGACCAAAUUUGGUAACAGACCCAUUUACCGAUGGUGACCUUCACUCACCAAUGACCCCGAAAACGCCAAGUUCUCCGGGACAGUUUUCCUCGUUACGCAGGAUCCUUGACCAAAGACGAAAUCUUGUGAUGCAGCUGUUUGAAGAGAAUGGACUCUUUCCUACAGCCCAAGCUACAGCCACGUUUCAAGCCCGGUACCAGGAUAUCUUCCCAACAAAAACUUGUCUACAACUGAAGAUAAGAGAGGUCAGACAGAAAAUGAUGGCACAGUCUGCUGCACAGGAAGCUGCUGCACUUGGUGGCCCAGGUGAAGGGGGAGAUAAUUCUUCACAGUCUGCUGGUGAUUUUGAGAACCAGUCCAGUAAUCAAGAAAAGGAUGAUUCUGCAGAGCAGUCAUAAUU